AUAAUUUCUGUGAUAUAGGUUAAAUAUUGAACAAUCAAGCACCAAACGAUCUUCACAAUCUCCUUCACAUUCUUCACAAACUUUCCAAUCUACACAAUCAUCACAAUCCUCUAUGACUUUUUCUCAGGAGACUAUUACCCUUUCCCCUAGUAUAUCCUACAAUCCUGCACGGUACGGAGGUAUCGAUAAUAUCAGUCCGGACAGAUCCCAGCUAGUCAGGUCUGGUUCUAAAAGUGCUGGAGACAAAUACUCGCCCAAAAAAUCCUCCAACUCAAGUCCUCAAAAUGCGCGAAAGAACCUGUUCGGUGGUCGGCCUGAAAUCCCCCAACAUGAUCCGUUCACCCCGACCAAAAGAAGGGACCCUGACUACACGCCGUACUACGUGACAAACUUUGAAUAUAUUCUGGCGUGUGUCCUGGACUGCACAGAUGACAGGGAACUCUUUAACCAGGAGGAACUGAGGUUGUUUAACCGUAAGCAUGCUUGGAUUUCGGAAACAAAUAUUAAAUAUGACGAAUGUCCGGAAAUAGAAAAGAGUGCGUGUAUAUUAGUGUCUGCAGGCCUGCUGUUGGACAAGAUGCAGCUUGAUGACCUAUCUGACAGUUUGAAUAUUCUGCACACGCCCGAAAUUAAAACAAUAGCCAAGGAGUUUAAUGUAUCCCCCAAAAUAUCUAACAAGCAUGAAAUAAUUGAUGAACUAAAGAAAAUGUGCUCCAAGAAAACAAUGUUCCAGACUUCUAGCUCACUGUUGAAUAAGGUAUUAAGAAGAGCUAAAUCACUUGGUGGAAAUUGUUACAAGCUUCAAACCCAUCCCAGAUCUGUCCUUAACAGGAUCCUGUGUUUGUGGGGAGUAUCCCAAUGGUGGAAUGAGAGAGAAGAUGACCGGCCUCCUAACUCUUUAACAUCACUGUUCCUGUUCAGUAAUCAGGGUAGAGCUACCUUCCCUCUUUACAAUAUUAUCAGAGAACGGCGAGUUUUCCGAGAUAGGGAGGAUCUAGUGAGGUUCGAGGCUGCUGUGAGGCUAGAGGACAAGGUGGAGACCGCCCUCAACAACAAGGACUGGGAGGCCGGGUAUACAGCAUACAAGGAUAUAUUGGCGGAGUAUGAGAGGUUGCAACUGGAUUCUGAGCUAAUGAGAACAGUAGAAGAUCUACCAAUCUUCCUGAGGAAACUAACUGCUCCAGCAGUUCUAGCAUACGGGCUUAGCAGGUGUGUUGAGUUAUUGGAGAAAAUGAAGAAUUAUUCUGAAGCAGUAAUUUUACUCGAGAAACUUUUGUUAACUGAUUUCCUCUAUAGAUAUAGGGGAGUUUGGUAUGAACGCUUAUGCUUGGAUCUUGAAACACAUUUGAAGAGACCAAUGGAUGCCCUUGGCAAGAUUGAAUUGGCUUUACAGGAUAAGAUGGUUAGGGGUGGAAGACGACUAUCCUUAUCUCAGAGAAUAUUAAAGAUCUGUAGAUCAAAGAAGAAUGCCAACUUAGAAACUAAACUAGAAGAAUACCAAGGGAGAGAAGACUGGCAAGAUCCAAGCUCACAGGACCUACCUGUAGUUGUUAUAUCCGGGAAAAUGGUAUCCAAAGAUGGUGUAUCCGGAACAAAAUCUAUAUUUAUGCUGACUACCCCGGAUGGCGGAACUACUUACUGUAAUGUCGAGGAACUUGUGAGGGAACACUACAAGGAUCAAGGAUUGUAUGAAGGAUCGCAUGCUGAGGGUGCAGUUCUAAACUCAAUCCUUGGUUUACUAUUCUGGGACGAAAUCUACCUAGAGAAGGUACCUGAUGCUUUCCGUGAUCCAACCCAGACCAUUCCGCUAGAUUUUCAGUGUGCAAAAAUAUGUUCUCACUGUUACAAAAUAGGCCAAAAAUAUUGGGAUACAGACGACUUUUAUCCAAACAGAAAAGAUGUAAUAGACGCCAGACUUAAACAGAUUGCUGAGUGUAGCGGUGAUGAGGUCUGCAGGAUGCUGGUAGAUUCCUACACAACAAACUUUAAUGUUAGCAGUAUAGUAUCCUGGGAUAGGUUUAGAGGUUCAGAGCAUCUCGCAGGUUUAAUCAAGUGUAUUCCUCCUCUUCAGCUUUCAUUAAUACUGGAGAGAUUGAUUAAAGAUCAUAGAACAUACAGGUCUGGAUUACCUGACCUGACGCUGUGGAAUCCUGAAACUGAAGAACUUAAGUUUGUUGAGGUGUUUUUCCUGAGUAUUGGUGUGUGCAGUGAGGUUUGCCAUGUUGAUCCUACGGGUAGCUUAGACGCUAGGGGGUUCAAACAAUCAACGAAAAAAUACUCCCCUCUUAAAGAGCAAAAAACUCUAAAAAUUAAGAAGAAUCGGAAAACUUCCAAUUCGGAUUUUGUUGAGGAUUUUGAUGAAAGAAAAGCAGAUUCAGUAUCAGGAAUUUCUCCGCUCAAAGAGAAGAAAAUAAACCCUAGAAAAUCCGGGAAAGAGUCCAAGUUUACAAAAUCUGCGAAAUGUAAGAGGAGGGAAAGCAUUGAAGAAGAUGCUAUUACUGGGAAAGACCUUACAGCUAGAAAAGCCAGAGUAACUAAGAAAACUUAA